AAAUACUAAUUUUGACAUUUUAUUGGUGAAACAAGAUUCUAAAAUCCCAUAUAAAUCAUGAUAUUUCUGGGUUUUUAUCUAGAUUAGGUUUAAUAAGCCCGUGUUCAUCCCAGAUUUCAGACAAGAAGGAAGAUCGUAGGAAACAAUACCAAUCAUGAGAUCAUACUUUUGCUUCCUUGUCAAUUCUUGAUUCCUUAUAAAGCGGACGGAUUUUCUUCCAACUUUCUGCUCUAAAAGACUUCAAACGACCCAAAAUUUGUACCAAAGUUCAGAUGAUUUGCUACUAAAAAAGGUGAAGUGGGAUUAUCCGAGCUCAAUGAUGGUGGAUUGGUGGUGUGAAGACCUAAUUUUACAGUCUGCAGACGCUUUCAGUUUCCCGAUCUCUCGCUCUCUGGAUCUCAAUCAACAAGGUUUAAGUUGCUGAUGGAAUGCUCUCUAUGGAUAUAUCUGUAUCUGUAUAUGUAGAACUGUAGAAGUAGAGUAACACAGAGAAAAAAAAGCUACGAAAAAUACCGAUUUUAGGGAUUAGGUUUUGGAUAUAUCAUCACUAUGUUUAAGAUUAUUAAGGGGAAGAAGAAAGGUUCGAAACAAGAAGCCAUUGAACCACCUCCAGGACCUAACCCUUCAUCUGAUGUAACUGUAAACCACGCUUCUCGUUCAGCUAUGGUCAUCGACCAACAGCCUAUCGUCAGGCCACCGCUAACCACCCUUUCCACAUCUCCACCACAACCUGGCGUCGUUGAAAUCUUACCUAUGUUGAAAGAUGUCCCUGUAGCAGAUCGACAUGUUCUGUUUCUCAAAAAGCUUCAGAUCUGUUCAUACAUUUUCGAUUUCACAGACACAUUGAAGAACACUAUGGAGAAGGAGAUCAAAAAGCAGAACCUUUUAGAGCUCGUGGAGUUAGUCCAAUCAGGUUCAAGCAAGAUGAAUGAAAUCAUGCAAGGUGAGAUGAUCAAGAUGAUAUCUUUAAACAUCUUCAGGUGUUUACCCCCUCAAGCACACGAAAACACAGGAACUGAAAACCUCGACCCUGAAGAAGAUGACAUGUUCUUAGAUCCCUCAUGGCCACAUCUACAAGUUGUCUAUGAAUUGCUUCUGAGAUACGUUGUGUCAUCUGAUACAGACACUAAAGUAGCAAAAAGAUAUCUGAAUCAUUCAUUCGUAUUAAACUUACUUGAUUUGUUUGAUACAGAAGAUCCAAGAGAACGUGAGUAUUUGAAAACUAUACUUCAUAGGGUAUAUGGGAAAUUCAUGGUGCAUCGACCUUUUAUAAGGAAAGCAAUAAAUAAUAUCUUUUAUAGGUUUAUAUUUGAAACAGAAAGGCAUCCAGGAAUUAGUGAAUUGUUGGAGAUUCUUGGAAGUAUAAUAAAUGGUUUUGCUGUUCCUAUGAAGGAAGAACAUAAGUUGUUUCUUUCAAGGGCUCUUAUUCCACUUCAUAAGCCGAAAUCUGUUAAUUUAUAUCAUCAACAGUUAUCAUACUGUGUAACACAGUUUGUUGAAAAGGAUUAUAAGUUGGCUGAUAUUGUUAUUAAAGGGUUAUUGAAGUAUUGGCCUGUUACUAAUUGUGGAAAAGAAAUUUUGUUUCUUGGAGAAUUGGAAGAAGUUUUGGAUGCUACUCAACCUGUUGAAUUUCAACGUGUUAUGCUUCCUUUGUUUAGAAGAAUUGGAAGAUGCAUUAAUAGCACUCAUUUUCAGGUAGCGGAACGCGCCCUUUUUUUAUGGAACAACGAACGCGUAGUGACAUUAAUCGCACAAAAUCGACACAUGAUUUUGCCCAUAAUAUUUGAAUCAUUAGAGAAGAACAUACAAGGUCAUUGGAAUCAGUCAAUCAAUGAGUUGACCACAAAUGUCAGAAGAAUGUUCAUUGAAAUGGACCCCGACCUCUUUGAAGAAUGUCAAACUCGCUACAUGGAUAAAGAAGCCAUGGUCAACGAAAAAGUCAAACAACGUGAGUUGACUUGGAAGAAACUCGAGUCAAUCGCCUCAUAAUUUUCAUGUAUUUUUUAAUUUUUUUUUUUUUUUUUUUUUUUUUUUUUUUUUUUUUAUCGAUGUUUUUCUGUUUAGUGUGCUUACCGGUUCUUAAAUUCAUAAUAUACUUUAAUAACGGAAUUUUAAAGAUAUUAAAAUUAAUUUUGCAUUAUUUUAA